UGAAUGUAUAUAGAGCGUGCCGGUUUCUCCGGCGUGAAUAUUCGAUUUGAAUUACUUUGUUCAGUAAAGAGAAUUGUUUGCAAAAUCAAUUACUUACAUAUUCUAUAAUUUUGAUAAAAAUCAUGGAUAUGAAUAUUCUAUUUAGAAAGUGAAAUUAUAAACAGACUAUUGUUCAUAAAAAGUGCGAUGAGCUAACCUUAAUUCAUCAAUUAUUAUUUAGUUAUUAUAUAUAUAUGUGUGUAAAUACCAUAUUACCAAAUGUUAUUUUGAUACAUUUGUCAACUCAAAAGAGAUUUCCAAAAGUAUUUUUGUCUUUAUUUCGUACUUGAUUUUAAAUAAUUGUGACAACAAAAAUGGAGCCAAUGAAGAUUCAUUUGGAUGCUUUAGAAAUGGCAGGAAAAAUGGUAGAUAAGCACAUAGUUGCUGACAGCAAUUUUCCAUCCCUCGUCAAUUUGAUGCGAUACAGUGCACAAGGUGGCCCAACAGUUAGUGGACUUGAUGUAUAUGAUUAUCCAAACUUGAAUGGAGCAUCUAUGAGCUUAACCAAUGUCAAUCAAAUGAGAACACACAGCAAAAUACCAUUACCAUCAGAAGUUAUGGAACAUUUUGGACAUAUGCAAUGUCAUUGCAUGAUGGGUUUAUUCACAGAUAUUUCUAAAGCAUGGUUGACAAUUGAUAGUGAUAUAUAUGUCUGGUCUUAUGAAAAUGAGUCUGAUGUUGCUUAUUUUGAUGGAUUGAAUGAAACAAUAAUCAGUGUUGGUCUUGUUAAACCAAAACCUGGUAUUUUUCAAAGUUAUGUCAAGUAUCUGCUUGUUCUGACGACCACAGUUGAAAUUACAGUUCUUGGUGUUACAUUGACUAAUAAUGAAGAUGGUUCACAAGGUGAAAUGCAGUUGGUACCAGAACCAAUUUUUACUGUAACUACUGAUGGAAUAGCCAUAACAACAAUUGCAAACACAAAUAGUGGAAGAAUUUUCCUUGGUGGAAGGAAUGGUUCUUUAUAUGAAAUCUACUAUCAAGCCGAGAGUAGCUGGUUUGGAAAACGAUGCAAAAAAGUUAAUCACUCUGAGGGACCAUUUACGUUUCUAGUUCCGUCAUUUAUCACAGUUGCAUUAACUGAAGAAGAGGCAAUAGUUCAAAUUUCUGUUGAUGACUCUCGUAAUAUACUUUAUACCUUGGGAGAUAAAGGAACAAUUUCUGUUUGGGAUAUUGAUAGUGGAGGCGCUUCAAAAGUGAAUUCAAUGUCCCAGGCGGCUCUGGUGCAAAAAUCCGUGGAUGUAGUAAAAACAUUAGACAGCAAUAAUUUUAGACCUCUCGUUAGUAUUUCAGCUAUUACUGAAUCUGAAUCUUUAAGUUUGCACUUGGUUGCUGUUGCUGCUACAGGCACUAGAUUUUACUUCAGUUGUACUCCGCUAUCUUGUCCCGUAGUGCGCCCUCAGUUUUUACAACUUAUUCAUGUGAGAUUACCUCCUGGCUAUGCAGCUAAUGCCCCAGUUAUGAGACCAAGAAAAGUUCAAAUGGCUCAUUAUAGGAAGGGUACCCUUAUCCUGAUAAGUGGUGGUGACACUGAAAACGCUUGGUGUUUGAGCAACGAUGCUUAUCCCUUUUCAAAUUAUCUGGCUGAAACGCAAAGUAUUUUGCCUCUUGACAGUCCUGUUUGGGCACUCGCUGAGAUUCCUGGAGAAUCUGCGAUUCAAAUCGAAAAACAGGCAGUCCAAGGAGAUCCUCCGCUAUUAGUCCGUCAACACAUGGAACCCCCUCGUAAAUUUAUUUUCCUGACUGCUCAGGGAGCUAUCGUACUAAUUCAAGUUCGACCAGUUGAUAUUCUGCGGCAACUUCUUCUCGAGCAACGUGGUCCAGACACAGAAGCUGUCAAGAUUUAUUUCCAAACGCAAUCACCAGAACAAGCUUGCGCAACUUGUCUUAUCCUGGCUACUCUAGAAAGUUCUCAAAAUGCUCAGUUGGCUGAAUGGGCAACUAGAGCUUUCUUUUUGUAUGGCGGACAAAAGAUAGCGGCAAAUCAAUCACUCGAGCCACAAACUCCAUUUGCAAGUCUCACAACAGGGGACCUUCGCACAUCAACUCCACGUAUGCAAGGCUUUGAUUUACGUUCACCCAAUAUGAUGCGCUCAACAGGCCAACAACAAAUCGUUCCGAACGUUGACGCAGCUCUGCAGCAUUUUACUGCCAAGCAUGGUGGUCUUUACCUCUACAUCGGCCGAAUACUCAGACCAAUUUGGAGCUUGCGUUGCAUCAAACAAGAGGCCGCCAAUGGAAAGACGCAAAUACUCAGUACCGUCAACUCCAACCAAGUUGGCUGGAUACUUGGGCACCUUCAGGCGUUGCGCGCUUUUCUCAACAAGAACACUCAUAUUUCCAAGCCCUCGACGAGGAACAUUACCGACGGUUUCGAUAGCACAAUCGCUACACAAUUCCAGGAGCCCAUUGUUGAAGAGAGGAAUUCCCUCGACGCAUUGAAGAUUUUCAUUACACAUGCCUGCGAGAUUCUCGGACUCUGGAAGAUUUUAUGCGAAAAUCAGCUUCAUGAUAUCGUUAGCUGCCUUUCCAAGGAUCAAAUUAAUCAGUUUGCCACGGCUACAUUUCGAGAUCUGAUACUCAUUGGGCAUGAGAUUUCAUCGCUCCUUAUCAUCCACCUUAUUGACAGCUAUCUUGGCGACAAUGCUUCGGUGGAUUCCGUUAGUGCGAAACUGCGUGAAAUCUGCCCUAAUCUGUACCGUAGUGAAGACGCUGUUUGUUCGAAGGCAAAUGAAAUUAUUUUAAAAGCCAAAAGCUGCACAAAUCCAGAUGAGAAAGAAACUUAUCUGCAGUCGGCCUUAAAGUUGUGUAAAGAGGUAGCUCCAAGGUUGAACCUCGGCGCUGUAUGCCAACAAUUUGUCGCUUGUCAUUUUUAUCACGGAGUAUUAGAAUUGUGCCUCUGCUGUGCAGAAAAAAUUGAUCCCAACAAUGCUGCUUUUCAUUAUUACAAAAAUAACGAACCUGUGGAAGAUCAAGAAGGCAAUUUUGCCCACUCUAAAAGGAUUGAAAUUUACAAAGAAUUCACUGCCAUGCUUGAUUAUCUUUACAAUCAAAGCAUUUCAAAUUCAAUGGCCGUCGUUACUUCAGCCAAAGAAAUUUUGCAUGAAAUCAUAGAGGAAGCCUUACAUUGUCCGUGUGAAACAUUGCAUACUGAAGUAUACGCUUGGAUGAUAGAUAAGGGGCUCCAAGGCGAAUUGGUUGCUCUUGCUUCUCCGUCAUUAGAAACUUAUUUAAUUCGCAUUAAUGCUCCAGAAUUACUUUGGCAAUUUUACGAAAGGAACAAGAAUCAUGCUGCUGCCGCUAAAAUUCUAUACGCUCUCGCAACUAAAGUUGGAACUGACGCAUCACUACCCCAGCGAGUAGAAUAUUUAGCGAGAGCUGUAGUCUGUAUGCGAAGUGACGAAGCUGGAUAUGCACCACAUCUUGGAGUCUUCUUGAGAGAACUAGAGGACAAAGUUGAAGUUGCUCGCAUUCAGCAGCAGAUUUUAGAUACUAUUCUGAAUCAACAAGUACUUUUUGAUCCAAUGAUAGUGAGAGAUGCAAAAUUAAGAUUGAAUUCUGCUCUACUUGAUAUCACACAGCUUUAUGAAGAAUAUGCAGAACCUCUGCAGCUUUGGGAAUGUAAAUUAGCCGUUAUUCAUUGUUCAGGUCAUCAAGAUAUUAUGCUUAUUCAAGGAAUAUGGAAAAAUAUAAUUGAGAUAGAAUUGAGCAAUGCUAUUUCGGCUUCUCCAGAGGACAAAUUAGCGAUUGUCACGAGUAAAAUUAAACUUUUGGGACAAGAAUAUUGCGGUACACCUCACUGUUUCCCAGUGGACUUUCUCAUAAAAGAGUUAGAAAUCAGAGCGUGUAGAUUAAAAGUAUCAAAUGGCCAUAUAAUCACAUGUUUUCUUCAAUUGGGUAUACCAAUGGAAGAGCUUCUUGAUCAUUAUGAUAAAAUGAUUGGAGGUAACAAUAGAAUAUGGUUGAACGAAGGAAAUGAGUUUCAUUUAAUUGAAUCUACAGAAAAUCUUGUGCGCUAUUUUAUCACAAAUUCUAAAGUUACAAAUGCUUUUAUCAGAAGGAAAAUCAUCACAAUAUGUCAAGAUGUGAUUUCCAAAUGUCUGACUACGUUAUUCAGUAAAACCAAUGGCGAAGAACUAAUAGUAAAACUUAGGUCGAUACAAAGUGUAUUAAAUAGACUGUAACAUAUUUUAAUAUUUUUCUACUUGAUGAAAAAAGAAACUUGCCAAACAACAGCUGCAAUGAAUAUCAAUUUGUUAUGUACAAAAGCAGUGGUGAAUAUUAAGUGUGUUUAAUUACAAAAGAAUCAUUUUUAUAAAUGUUUCAGUCAUGUGAAAUUUGAUUAUAAUUAAUAUUUUAAAAAUACAAGGUUUUUUUAUAUAAUAAA